AUGAUGUUUACAUCCUCCCAGGUAAAAGAGCAGAAGGAGCUGAAAAAUGUAACUUCAAAAGCUGCGGUGUCAGCAGGAGGGAUCACAGCAGAGGGGUUGUUCAAGAUGAUGAGGGACCAGGCCAUUACGGUGAUUGUGAUGGACGCCCGCUGCCUCCGAGACUUCCAGGACUCACAGAUCCAGGUCCCCACCCAGACUGUCAUCAGUGUCCCAGAGGAGGCUAUCAACCCUGGCAUCACAGUGAACCAGAUUGAGGCCAAUCUACCUGAUGCGUCCAGAGAGACGUGGAAGAGACGGGGGUUCGUAGAUUACAUCAUCCUACUGGACUGGUUCAGCUCUGUUACAGACCUCAAACUGGGAAGCACCUUACAAAGCCUCAAAGAUGCUCUCUACAAGUGGGACAGUACCACUAUCCUGCGUAGUGAGCCCAUGGUUCUGGAGGGAGGCUAUGAGAGCUGGCUCCUCUUCUACCCCAUGUACACAUCCAACGCCAAAGUCAGACCACCCCGAACACACAGCUACAGCACCCUCCCACAGCUGAACUUCAGCUACCCGUCACUGGAGGAGCCCAAACCUCCAACCCCUCCUCCCCCAGAGCCGGACCCUGAACCCCAGGCUCCCCCUGCCUCCCUGGGUAGCGUACAGGUGAACGGAGCCCCCCUGGAGGAUCUGACCCCCUCCACAUGGAUGGAGGCUGACGCCACAGACUCACCCCACACAGGGUUCACUCACCCUGGAGUAGACCACAGCAAGAAGGACCCUGGAGCCGGGCCAGGGACCCCCAGCCAGCCUGGAGGGACAUCCAAGCACAUCCCACAGAUUGACCGUACCAAGAAGCCAUCAGUCAGAGUCUCAGGCGGGUCUAAACCCCCCCUGGAUGCCCUCCCCAGGGACCUGCCCCCCUCCUCCCAGAAUGGCCCGUCUGUACCCCAACCCAACCGCUCGGUCAAACCGGCCUUUGACCCGGCGGUGCUGCUGACGGACGAGGAACGAGGUCAGAUCCACACAGAGACGGCUGCUCUGACGGAGAAGGCCCGGAGAGAGCAGGAACAACGCAAACAGGAACGCCGCACCGAGGAGGAGGAGUGGAGAGAGAGGAACGCCCGGGAGAACGAAAAUGAGGAGAUGGAGAGGAGGAAAGAGGAAGAGAACAGGACUCAGGAGAGGAAGAGGUUGGAGAGACACAAGGCAGAGGAGGAGAAGGAGAACGGGGUUAGGGAAGAGCGAGAGAAGAGGGGGAAGGAGCAGAGGGAGGAUACGCCAACCAACGGUGAUUCUCUGGACUCGCCGGCUCCCAACCGUAUCGUCACUGAGAUUAAGCGGGAGCUCCUAACCAGAGCCAGAAGUGAAGAGAUGGGGAGGAGUGUACCAGGCCUGCCUGUUGGCUGGAUGAAGUUCUUGGAUACGGUAACCGGUACCUACCGUUACUACCAUUCCCCAACCAACCGGGUGCACCGCUACCCCCCUGAGGUCAGCGUGCCCCAGACGCCCCCCUCCACCCCUCCUACGGCCAAACAGAAGCAGCCCCGCCCCGCUGAGCCAGACCAGACCAUGGACCGUGACCAGGAGCAGUCCAAACUGAAACGCUCCUAUUCUUCUCCAGACAUCAGCCAGGACCUGAGGGAGGAGGGGCUAAAGAGGGUUACCGCCCCUAUAACGGCAGCCACGCGCCCAACCUUUAACAGGGAGACAAAACCGUCCACUGCUACCGUCUACACCAAGGUGGAGAUCGCCCGUCCGUCUGCGGCGAAGAUCCGCAACCUGAACCCUGUGUUCGGCGGUCUGGGCGCCUCGCUCACCGGCCUGCGUAACCUCGGUAACACCUGCUACAUGAACUCCAUCCUGCAGUGUCUCUGCAACACCCCGGCCAUGGUCGACUACUUCAACAAGAACCUCUACCAGGAGGAUAUCAACAGGGCAAAUAUCCUGGGUCACCGAGGCGAGGUAGCAGAGGAGUUUGGUGUGAUCAUGAAGGCUCUGUGGUCAGGCCUGUAUAAGUGUAUCAGCCCCCGCGACUUUAAGGUCACUAUAGGGAAGAUCAAUGAAUCCUUCUCUGGCCAGGAACAACAGGACUCCCAGGAGCUGCUGCUCUUCCUUAUGGACGGACUCCACGAGGACCUCAACAAGGCUGCUAACCGUAAGGGUCACAUAGAGGAGGAGAAUGACGACCUGGACGACCAGCGGGCUGCUGACCAGGCCUGGACCAAACACAAGCUGCUCAACGAGUCUGUCAUCGUAGCGCUGUUCCAGGGUCAGUUUAAGAGCACAGUUCAGUGUCUCACCUGCCACAGGAAGUCCCGCACCUUCGAGACCUUUAUGUACCUGACCCUGCCGCUGGCCUCCACCAACAAGUGUUCCCUGCAGGACUGUCUGAAGUUGUUUUCUAAGGAGGAGAAGAUGACCGACCAGAACAAGGUGUUCUGUCGACACUGUAAAGCUCUCAGAGACUCCGUCAAGAAACUGGAGAUCUGGAAGGUCCCGCCCAUCAUACUGGUUCACCUGAAACGGUUCUCCUACGAGGGCCGUUGGAAGCAGAAGCUGCAGACGACAGUGGACUUUCCUCUGGAGAACCUAGACCUCAGUCAGUAUGUCAUCGGACCCAGAGUCGGCCUCAAGAGAUACAACCUGUUUGGAGUGUCUUGGCCACUCAUACCAACAUGUAUGCCCCCCAUCAACUACUGUCACUUUGGAUAA